AUGGCUCAACAACCCGAUUACACAUUUGAUAAUGACACGCUGCUCAGGAGCAAAGGCACCGCCACGCAUAAAAGCGGGCUGAAGUGUGCAGCACAACGUAUGCCCGCAGAAACGGUCACUAAACCCUUCAAAUGGCCAGCAGAGUUCCCUUUUGGAGUCAAAGUCCAGGACGACGAUCAUAUCCAGUAUAUGGAGGUGCUCUCGCCCAUAGUCGACAGGCCAUUACUUCAGUGGACCAAAGUGUUUCACGGCAUCAAGGGACUCGGCGAAAACCCGGCUUACGCGGCUCCCGAGCAACUCGAACACGCUCUGAACCAGAGCCACAUGCUUAUCCCCGACGCAUCUGAGAAAGGGUGUGUUUGGUCGCUCGGCCUGAUGGCUUUGGCCCUCUAUAGCUCUGGCCAGGGGAUCCAGAAGCCUAGCACACCUGUGAACCGCCAAAUGGUCAUCAGAUUUAUGGACAACAUAAAAACGCGCUUUAUUGCCUGCUACCAACUCGCAGCGGAACCCCAACCAGACGCGAAGCGCCUGUUAGACCUCAUUGGGAAGAUGAUACAGGCUAAUCACACGGAUCAAUCCGGCAACAUUACCGGCAACGACCGAAUCUCGCUCGAACAGUGCGCAGAGGAGGCUCGGGCCGGCCUUCACUGUGUUGAAGAGACGGAAAAGAUCAUCCAAAGACAGAAGGAGGAUUUAAUCAAGCACAAGGAUGAUAAAGUAGCUCACGAAAAAGCGCAGACUGCACUCAACGGGAUGACUGCCUGGCUGUCAGCGCCGGUGCUAAAGGGCGAUCAGUGGAAAGGGGUUCAGGGGCGAGCCCCUGAACGCUUCAUCAAGCACUAUGAGCAUGGGUACGCCGACGAGACCAUCGCGGACAUCAUCCAGAAGAUGUGUCCCUAUGGGGUGUUCAGCAAGAGAUACGAAGGCAUAGGCAUGGGCUUGAAAGAGAGGCAGAUGCUCGGUUACCGGAACGACUCGUAUGACGGCAUGGGCGGACGAGACUUGAUGGCGGCUGCAGCGAGUCUGUAUCAAGUGACUGACCGGGCAUACAUCGCCAGUCGCAUUAGGCAAGUCCAGACAUAUGCACAGAAGCUUCUUGCCGACGACACACUUCCCAAUGUCGUCAUCACCCGCGGCAAGACCAUGAGACUCCGCUACUUUUCCGCCGGCCUGAGGCCCGUCCUGGUGUUCCUUGACAACCCGGACGCAACUGCUAGGGAUGAGCUGAUGUGCGCCCUCGCGCUGGCAACGGGCGGCUGGGGCCAGACCCGCACCCGAGCUCCGUCGCCCUCAUCAUCAUGGACCUCGGGCGUCGGGAACGACCGCUCCCUUAUCGAGUUCUCCGUGUCCAUCCCCCAAACGCCCGCGGCAGCAGCCGAGCUGCGCUUCCUGACCGAGGCCCAGCCCCCCAAAACUCACCUCACCCGCCACUUGUUCCUCAACCCGGACAGUCCACCCGAGACUAUUCAACUCACCACCUGGCACAGUUGCGCUUGGUCCACCAAAAAGAGCCGGCUCCAAUGGAAGAUCUACCUCGACCCCCGCGCCGCUGGUGAAGCCGUGGCGACCACACGCGAAGCGUUCCGGUUGCUGGGGCUCGAGGCCGGUUGGCGGCUGAUGGAGAGUAUCCUGAUGCCUCCUCCUCCUGCUACAGGGACUAAGCCUAGUAGUGGUGGUGGUAUUGGUAACUCCAUCAUUUACUUUUCUUUGGAUCUCCCGGAUGACGACAAAGACGACGAAGCACGACGAGGACGACGAAGCACGACAAGGAUGACGAAGCACGACAAGGAUGACGAAGCACGUGUCAAGGUGGUCGCGCAGAAGCACGCGCGUUUCUGUCCCGACGCAGACGCCUACGAGGUUCAGCGGUUCUUGAUGGCCAUGGCGGCCGCGGCCGCAGCGGUAGUGGUGUAA